AGACUACAGAGUCCGCGCACCUAAAAUGGCGAGCGUAUCCGUGAGGAGUGACAAUUUCCGGGUCGGCUGGGAAGCCGGAAGUAAGACAUUGGUGGAUCUUGAACUGCAUUGUGUGGGAGCAGCGGAGUGUUUGAGCUACGGAUAUCAGUAACCGGUCUGGACUGAGAUUCAAAAUAGACCCUGGCACAGAGGCCCCAACUGCCCACCACCGGUCCAAUAAAUACUUCAGCAAAACCAAGUGUCUGAAGAUUCCGCUGACAGCCGCCCAGCUAAUAUGAAUGACACCAGUGAAAGAAGAAGCAAUGAGAACUCGGAGUCUCAGAGCAAUGGGCAGACACAGAGCAGUUCCCAGCAAGUAUUGGAACAGGAUGAGGAAGAAGAUGAGGAACUCACCUUGAAAUAUGGAGCCAAGCAUGUAAUCAUGCUGUUUGUCCCUGUCACACUAUGCAUGGUGGUGGUUGUUGCAACCAUCAAGUCUGUCAGCUUUUACACACGCUUUGAUGGGCAGCUAAUCUACACCCCAUUCACAGAAGACACAGAAAGUGUUGGACAAAGAGCCCUGAACUCCAUACUCAACGCGACCAUAAUGAUCAGUGUAAUUAUAGUUAUGACCAUACUGCUGGUUGUUCUAUACAAGUACAGAUGUUACAAGGUCAUCCAUGGCUGGCUCAUCAUAUCUUCCCUUUUAUUGCUUUUUUUCUUCUCUUAUAUAUACCUUGGUGAAGUGUUUAAAACCUAUAAUGUGGCCGUGGAUUACAUCACUCUGGCUUUACUGAUCUGGAAUUUUGGUGUAGUAGGAAUGAUAUGCAUUCACUGGAAGGGACCCCUUCUCCUGCAGCAGGCCUAUCUUAUCAUGAUUAGUGCUCUUAUGGCUUUGGUGUUUAUUAAAUACCUUCCUGAGUGGACAACUUGGCUCAUCUUAGCCGUGAUAUCUGUUUAUGAUCUCGUUGCUGUCCUGUCUCCAAAAGGACCUUUACGAAUGCUGGUCGAGACAGCACAGGAGAGAAAUGAAACCCUUUUUCCAGCAUUAAUUUAUUCUUCUACAAUGAUAUGGUUAGUGAACAUGGCAGAUGGAGAUCCUGGUUUAAAGCAAAGUGCCUCAACGAAAACAUACAACACACAAGCUCCAACUGCCCAUCCGAGGAGUGAUUCUGCAGCAUCUGAUGAUAAUGGUGGCUUUGAUACAACUUGGGAGGACCACAGGAAUGCACAGAUCGGACCAAUUAAUUCUACUCCAGAAUCCAGAGUUGCUGUCCAGGCUCUUCCGAGCAACAGCCCCCCAAGUGAAGACCCUGAAGAGAGGGGAGUGAAACUUGGACUGGGAGACUUCAUUUUCUAUAGUGUACUUGUUGGAAAGGCAUCUGCCACUGCUAGCGGAGACUGGAACACUACACUGGCUUGUUUUGUGGCCAUACUGAUUGGCCUUUGCCUUACAUUACUUCUACUCGCCAUCUUCAAGAAAGCAUUACCUGCUCUCCCCAUCUCUAUAACUUUUGGACUUGUAUUUUAUUUUGCCACGGACUACCUUGUACAGCCAUUCAUGGACCAACUGGCAUUCCACCAGUUUUAUAUUUAACCCACAUAACUAACCAUUCCCCGGGUUCUUAAUUCCCCAUCACAACUGUAUCUAAGCAAAUAAAGAAGAGAAUUUGCUUCCUGCACUGUGGAAAAAUCAAAGAAUCUCACAUUUUUAUCAUCUCACCCCCAAAGAGGCAGUUUGCUUGAACUUUCUGCGCUGGACAGUUAAACACACGUCCUCUUUCAUCCUACGGGAAAGUCUAGAGUAGGAUAUCACUGUUGUGUGAGGGUACAGUACCAGCAAACAACCUUACAUUCUGUACCCUCUAUGCUUUUUGUAGCGUUUUCUAUCACAAUAUAUGCACGAUAGUGUAGCGUGUGUGUGUAUAUACACACACACACACACACACACACACACACACACACACACACACACACACACACACACACACACACACACGUGUAUUCAAAGCUAGUCAAAGCAUUUAAACACAGCCACAUCAGUUGUUGAGAGAAUUAUAAUGCUAUAACAGAAGCCAUACCAUGCCCUCUGUGAUCUUCCAUAUCUAAAACACUGCUGGCAUCUGUUAUUCUCUUUGGUAGCAUUACUGCUAUCAACUAAUGUAUAUUUUCAACUGCAAAGACUGCAUUCAAAGUCUUGUACAGACAUGCAAUGGUUUUCCUGGCAGAGCAUAGAAGAACAAUGUUAAAAAGUUGCCCUCUAUAUGCCAGUAGAGAGUGCAGCAGUAAAGGUUAAUUGCAACACAUGAUUUUGUUUUUUUAUAUGUAUAUUUUUUUUCUGUACUGUAAAAGCAAUUAUUAGAGUUUUUCAAGCUUUUCUACUAGCAGCAAAUUUACUACUGAAAUUCCCAAAUGACUGCCGCUUAUGCCGAGUAACUCUUUAUACAUGAUCCUGUGCUGGAAUUUGUAAGACAUCUAAUGGGACCAAAACUUCCACUACAGGAUAUGGUCUGCUCUGGGAAUUUAUAGAUUAUCUGUUAUACAUGUUCAUUGGCUUCUAAGAAGAGACUUUUCUCAAGCUGAUCACUACACUGGAAUGCCCCUCAAUUAUGCACAGUUUCAUAAAAAGGGAACAUUUGUAAAUAUAAACCGUUCAGAUGUUUGUUUCAGAAUUUGUAAGACUGUGCCUUUAAAAAAGGUAUAAGAAAUACUGUUCUGUUGGGAAUUUUUGAGUAUAAAGUUAUCAUUUGAAAGUC